AUGACGGCUUUCUCAGGUUAUUUAUCUUUGGGGUCGAGCAGAAAGAUAUUUGGAGCGUGUGGAGGUUCAAACCUGCAGGUGAGGAGCAGCGCUAUGCUUCUUCAGGGUUCUCCAUCUGUUCCACAAACAUCAAAUUACAGUUGUCCAUCUCAUGCUGUGGGCCUCGUCGUUCCAUUCACAGAUGCCCGGUCAGUGCUGUCCAGAGAGUCUUUAGCCUCGACCACACUCAGCAUUGCCGAGACACAGUCCAUACGCAGCAGUAAGUUGGAUUGGCAGUACGGUUAUCACGUUCUACCACCACUUGGGCUUCAGCCGCCAUCCAAUCAGAUUUCAGAAGCAGUUGACCUGAACCCUGAUUCAGGAAGUGUCACCCGUACCUCCAACCCCACCUCUCUACCGCCAUAUCUCUUCAAAGAAGAUACCAGCAGUCCACGGCUCUCUGCUCGGUCAAAAAAGAGAGCUUUGUCCCUAUCUCCUCUAUCUGACGGCAUCGACCUUAAUUCAAUCAUUCGGACCUCUCCCACCUCGCUUGUGGCGUACAUCAUCGGUUCUCGAGCCUCUCCGGGGUCGCAGCCCACCCCUUCGCCUCUGCAGUCAGACGUAUGCGGCCACCUGCUGGGCGUCAGAGGCAGCUGCAUUCCUCUCCCGCACCCCGGCAAACACGUUUCUGUGAGUGACGCACUUGACCGCGAGAGUUUUCAGGUGAGACGCUUGAAGGAGGCGACCCUGGAAGAUCAAUUUACCAACCUGGUGGUGGAGCAUCAACUUUUGCACAAACGGGAGAUAAAAAAUGCUGCAUCUAACAACCCGUCAGCCGCAGUGCAGCCUCAGUUUGACUUGUUGCCCCAAGGUCCCCCACCACCCUAUCACGCCCAUCAACACGUGCGAAGGUCCUAUGGUGAGCUACCAGGUCACACGGUGCCCUCAAAUGACAUCAGGGCUCUUCCUGUGACUCUCUGCCCCAUGCUAGAGGAAGAGGAGGAGGAAGAUUUUAGUGGAGGCCACUGCUGUUGCUGGAUGGACUGUGGUGCCGUUUACAGCCACCAGGACGAGCUGGUCAAACACAUUGAGAAGAUCCACGUGGAUCAGCGCAAGGGCGACGACUUCACCUGCUUCUGGGCCGGAUGUCCACGGAAACACAAGCCUUUCAAUGCUCGCUACAAACUCUUGAUUCAUAUGAGAGUUCAUUCAGGAGAGAAACCUAACAAGUGCUCGUUUGAAGGCUGUCAGAAGGCAUUCUCUCGCCUGGAGAACCUUAAAAUCCAUCUCAGGAGCCACACAGGUGAGAAACCCUACGUGUGUCAACACCACGGCUGUCAGAAAGCCUUCAGCAACUCCAGCGAUCGCGCCAAACACCAGCGAACGCACGUCGACACGAAACCGUACGUCUGUCAGAUCCAGGGCUGCAUGAAACGUUACACGGACCCCAGCUCUCUGCGCAAACACGUCAAGUCUCACUCCUUAAAAGAGCAACAAGCCCGGAAAAAGCUGAGAUGGAGCACAGAUGUCAAUCAGGAUGGACUAAAUGAAUGUUUGACCGUUCAGCCACUGCAACACAACAUCUCUUCACUGGACCUGAUUGAGAGCAAACGUCGGUCCCCCAUUGAUGAUCUCUACACUGGUGUCAUUGCACUAAAUCUGCCCAGCCAAACCAUCUCCCUGCACAGUCCAAUGAAGAUCACAGAUGAUCACCACAACCAUCCUAGUGUCCAACUGCCUCCCUUACCACAGAGUAACAACAGGUUUAGGGGUCCUGUGUUACAUCAGAUGAACCCCGUCCCACCUCCAGUGUUGCCCCCUUCAGCUCCUUACCACACAAUGACCCAAAACACUGGCAAACUUCCCAGAUACUCCAACCAUCCCAGAACACAACAUCCACCUCUACAGGAGAGUUUCUCUGGUGAUGCCCAGACCAUGUUAGAUACAUACAGUGACUUACCGCUGGUCAUGCAGAUGUCUGAGGAUAAUCUGGGCUUCUCUGAAGCAUCUCAGCAAGAUCUUCACCUGGUCCACAAAGCUCUGUCAGGCAUCACUGCCAUGUUCGAUUGCCAGGCUGGACCUGAAGACUUUCUAGGAGACCAGGUGCCAUCGGUGUCUGAAGACAAUUAUCUUCACAUCAAUGCUAUGGACAGAAGCCCAAGCCAGAUCUCAUGUGUUUAUACUGAAGGCUGAAUGUAUAUCUCAUUCACCCAAACAUUUAAUGUCAACUUCAAUUGUUUAAAUCACAGAAGUAUCUUCAGGAAUAACGUUCCUCUGGGAGGGAUAAUCUUGUAUGAAUGAAUAAUGUUAGUUCCAUUCACAUCCGUGUCCUAAAGAAGAACCACGUAGGGCUGCAAAAGAUUAAUCACGAUUAA